AUGAAAUGGCGUCUAAAUGAGGGCGGAGGUCAGGCAAUCUACCGACUGGGCGUGGAUGAUAAUGGUGCCGUUUCCGGGCUGACUGUCGCUGAAAUACUCAUCCGUCUUGUAGCUAGCGUAGAGUUCAUUGUCAAGACUAGAUUAAUCCAUUUAGGGCUCCCCGACUUAUGCAUCGCAAUGUUGGGCAGCGUGGACGUUGGAAAAUCGACCUUGCUCGGCAUACUCACGGAUGGAGAACUAGACAACGGUCGUGGUCGUGCCCGUCUCAAUCUCUUUCGUCAUCUGCAUGAAGUACAGACCGGUCGAACUAGCAGCCUUAGUUCUGAGGUCAUUGGUUUCGAUGCCGCAGGCCAUCUCAUCAAUCGAAAGCGUUCUAAGAGCCACCUUACUCGACGGACCGUUGACGAGGUUGUAUGCGACUCCAAUCGCCUCAUAACCCUGUUGGAUUUGGCCGGACAUCCGAAGUAUCAGCGCACCACCCUAUCGGGUCUGGCUCGUAGUCAGCCUACCUUCGCAGCUCUCGUUGUCUCAACGACCUGCGGUCUUACACCCGAGGGCUUGGACCACGCACGCACCGCGGCUGCCCUUGGCUUGCCCCUAGCUGUAGUUAUCACGAAGAUUGACCUUCUGACAGAGGGCAGUGCACUGGAGACCCCGAAUGCCACGGGACAGACUGGACCCCUGUCUCUUCUGUCCAACAGUGCUUCUGCGCCCGACCUGCAAGCAAGAACGCCGCUGUACCCAGUCGCCCAUACAACUGUAUACAAACUUCUUAGACCAUCUGCGACCAACGCUGUUACCGCUAUCAAACAGAGCAUUAUGGCCAAACUGAAAGCCAUCCGGUCAUAUUCGCUCCUACCCAAUGGCGAGCUUUUGGGGGUCGAGUAA